CUUGUGACGACUCGUUAAUUGUUAGCGUAAUCAUGGCGGCGAUCUCGUCGCGGGUAGACGAACUCGUGCAGUCUGUCAGCCUGCAUAAUCCGCGCAAAUGGAUGUUCAACGGUUACAUUCUGCCGUUCGUGAUGCUACAGUCUUUAUGGAUCUACUGCUGGAUCUUCGUCUACGGCGUCGACGAGUACUAUGACGCGGGCCUAGUUGGCAUCGCGGCGAUCGGCGUGCUGCAGAUCUUUUUGUGCCUGUGCUGUCAAUGGUCCGUGCAUAUUCACACGUUCUUAAAUUGCAGCUCGGAAAAGAAUCCUUACAAAGCAAGAAUAGUGAAAGUAAUCCCUACUCCCAAUAAUGGAAGUUCAGAGCUGAUCCCAUUGCAUCGCACGGAUCAGCAGGAGCCAUGGUUUAUUUUUCAAAAAACGAAAUACUAUUGGGAUUCAGAGAUAAAAUCAUUCAGAGGAUUGCAGUUUCCAAUCAAUCAUUCCGUGAAACAUUAUUGCGAAUGGAAAGGCUAUCUUGAUCAAGCGGAAGUUGAAACAGCAGAGGAAAAAUAUGGGAAAAAUAAAUUAGACAUGGUUGUGCCAGAGUUCUGGGAACUCUUUAAGGAACGUGGGAUUGCUCCGUUCUUCGUCUUUCAAGUAUUCUGUGUGGCACUCUGGUGCUUAGACAAAUAUUGGUACUAUAGCAUCUUCACACUGAUCAUGCUUAUCAUGUUUGAAUGUACACUGGUACAGCAACAACUGAGAAAUAUGGCCGAGAUACGUAAAAUGGGCAAUAAACCAUACAUGAUAAUGGUCUAUAGAAACAGGCGAUGGCGUUUAUUAUUUACAGACCAACUAGUUCCUGGAGAUAUUGUUUCUAUUACAAGGCCUCAACAUGAUAAUUUAGUGCCAUGCGAUAUGUUGCUUUUGCGAGGUCCAUGUGUCGUUGACGAAAGCAUGUUAACAGGUGAAUCUGUUCCUCAAAUGAAAGAACCUAUAGAAGAUAUCGAUGGGAGUAGAACUAUAGAUAUCGAAGGUGAUAAACUUCAUGUGCUUUUUGGUGGUACAAAAGUCGUGCAACAUACACCUCCUACUAAAAAUACUCCCGGCCUUCGAGCGACAGAUAACGGAUGCGUCGCCUACGUAUUACGGACUGGCUUUUCUACAUCGCAAGGAAAACUUUUAAGAACAAUAUUGUUCGGCGUUAAACGCGUUACAGCCAAUAAUUUGGAAACUUUUGGCUUUAUUCUAUUCCUGCUUAUUUUCGCGAUUGCCGCCGCCGCGUAUGUCUGGAUCAAAGGCAGUGAAGAUCCUACGAGAAAUAAGUACAAACUAUUUUUGGAAUGCACGUUGAUUUUAACUUCUGUUGUGCCACCGGAGUUACCUAUAGAAUUGUCGCUAGCUGUAAAUACGUCUCUGGUAGCUUUAUCCAAGUUAGGUGUAUUCUGUACAGAACCGUUCAGAAUUCCGUUUGCCGGCAAAGUUGAUAUUUGCUGUUUUGACAAAACUGGCACACUCACCAGCGAUAAAAUGAUUGUCGAGGGUAUUGCGGGUAUCGACGGUAAACCAGAUGUGAUUCAACUAUCGGAUGCACCUUUGGAGAGCAUUCAAGUACUGGCUACGUGUCAUUCUCUUGUUCAAUUAGAUGAUGGUAUCGUCGGGGAUCCAUUAGAAAAGGCUACUCUUAAAGCAGUAAACUGGAGUCUUACAAAAAGUGAUUCUGUUAUUCCUAAAAAGGGCAGGUCUCCGGCGUUGAAGAUUGUACAGAGAUAUCACUUUUCAUCGGCUUUGAAAAGAAUGUGUGUUGUGGUUGGAUAUAAUAUUCCUGGAGCUUCAGAAACUCAUUAUAUGGCUACAGUGAAGGGCGCACCAGAAAUUCUAAAGAAUAUGUUGUCUUCUGUGCCGAAAAAUUAUGAUUCAACUUAUUUAUCUCUCUCACGACGCGGCGCGAGAGUGCUCGCUUUGGGAUAUCGGAAACUUCCUGGUACCUUUUCCUCUCAAGAUUUGAGGGAAUUAACACGUGGAAAAUUGGAGAGCAAUCUCACAUUUGCGGGAUUUGUUAUCAUUAGUUGUCCUCUUAAGCCUGACUCGAAAGCCGUUAUUAAAGAAAUCGUCAAUUCUUCGCAUUCGGUCGUAAUGAUAACUGGUGAUAAUCCCUUAACGGCCUGUCAUGUAAGUCGCGAGCUACAUUUCACAAAGAAGCCCAACACCCUCGUAUUGAUUGAAAAUGAUGACGAAUGGUUGUGGGAAAGCAUAGAUAAAACAAUACAGCUUCCUCUAAAUGUAAAAAAUAUUGAAUCACGCAAAGAAAUUUGGAAAGAUUACGCGCUUUGUGUAACGGGUGAGGGUUUAUCGUAUCUGAAAGAAAAUCAACGAGAACUUCUUCGGAAGCUCUUGCCACAUGUUGUGAUUUUCGCGCGAUGCGCACCGAAACAAAAGGAAUUCAUUAUCGUGUCGCUGCAAUCUUUAGGCUAUACGACGUUGAUGUGCGGUGACGGAACGAACGAUGUCGGCGCUUUGAAACAUGCUGCAGUGGGUGUGGCAAUUCUAUCUAGUCCGCCCGAAAAGCUACUUUCUGACAAACGGGAAGAUUCAAGGAAUGAUACCUCAAUGUCUCCCAUAAGCAACGGGCCAAGGACCAAUCCGAGAGUCGCGCCGCCGAAUACUCGUGCGAAACUGCAAAAGAUUCUAAAGGAAAUUGAUAACGAGGUGCAGGAGCAAUCCGUAAUCGUAAAACUCGGCGACGCUUCCAUCGCCGCUCCUUUUACCAGCAAAAUGUCAUCUAUUCAAUGCAUAUGCCACGUGAUCAAACAGGGACGUUGCACUCUGGUUACCACUCUGCAAAUGUUCAAAAUAUUAGCAUUGAAUGCACUGAUACUCGCCUAUAGUCAGUCAGUGUUAUAUCUGGAUGGAAUCAAGUUUAGUGAUGCACAAGCAACCUUACAAGGUGUCCUUUUAGCGGCCUGCUUUCUCUUUAUCUCACGAUCGAAACCCCUGAGAACUCUAUCGCAGCAAAGACCAUUACCAAAUAUCUUUAAUUUGUAUACCAUAGCAACUGUAUUGCUGCAGUUUGCCGUACAUUUUAUCUGUCUCGUCUAUUUAGUAAAAGAGGCCACUGUUCUAUCUCCAAAGAGCAACAAGUUGGCAGCUAUCUUGAAUAAUUCCAGUGAAGUCAAUUCAUUGGGUGGAGAUGACAGUAGUGAGGAUGAACCUUUCGAGGCGAAUUUAAUUAACAGCACUGUAUAUAUAAUUGCGAUGUCCCUUCAGGUUUCUACCUUCGCUAUAAAUUAUCGAGGUCACCCAUUCAUGGAAAGUUUGGCACAAAAUAAGGCACUUUUAUUUAGUCUUGUGGGCAAUUCUGCCGUCAUUCUAUUAUUGGCUUGUGGAUUUCUGCCAAAUCUAGCAGUACAAUUCGAGAUUGUGGAUUUUCCAAGCCAUUUCCGUACGAUACUGGUUCAAAUACUAGUCGCGGAUUUUGUCUUUGCGUAUAUCGUCGAUAGAGCUUGUCUAUGGCUCUUUGGCGAAGGAAGACAACACAAACUGUGAUGAAACUACCUUUUUACCGAUUACAGACUGUAUCAAAGAUUUUUGUAUAUUACUUUUGUUACUGAUCUUGUUCCACAUUAAGAGCUGACAACUUUUAUAUUUAAGAAUCGAUGAUGUACCUGUGGAUAUACGUGUCAUUAUCUGCAACUGCAUUUUGUAUUUUAUGUCGAUACGUUUCUUGUUUUCUCUACUCAUAUGUGUUGUAUAUGAAAAUGUAAUGCAAAAAUAUAAAUAUGUGCACAUUCUGUCAUAAUAUUCGCCUGAUUGUUUAUUUUUUUGCUGUCAACUUUUUUUCUGUGGAACAAGAAGCAGUGCUCUGGCGAUCAUUAUUUAUUGUCCAUAAAGAUAUUAAUAAUGUUCGAUAAUUAUUGUCAAGUCACAGUAUUGCCUUUACAUAUUAUAUAUUUAUUGAUAAUGUAAAAAACAAUAUUUUUUUAUACCACAACGUCUCAUAUAGACAAAGUUUUCAUGACUAAUAUUUUAAUUUGCAUAUUUAGAUGUUCUCUCCUGUGUUCAAUAAUUUUUUGUUAAUAUAUAUUAACAACAAAUAUUGAUCGCGCAAAGUACGCUCAAGAAGGGAUCGCGCAUAUUUCGUGUAUAUUAAUUUUAGAUAAAAGAUCCUACCUUCUUUUUUUCAGAGUGCAGAAAUUCGCACUUUGUAUAAGUUUUGUUAAAUACACAGACAUAUGUUAUAUAAACCUAUAAAUUUAUAUAAAUUUUUACGUUGACAUUUUUAUAUAAAUUUAUAUAGACAUAUUUUUUAUAUUAACAUAUGUCUAUGAUUUUUAAUGAAACUAACUCAUGAUUAUAAAUAAAUUGAAACCUUUCAUGAUUGCGCGAACGAUUUUUAUGACAUUUGACACGAUUAUUUACAACGGUAUUAACCGUCUUAUGCAUCGAUUGCAUUCCACUUCAAUAACGUUACGUGUUAGCGAGAUACAUUUUUUUCGCGGUACAUGUCACGUUUGCUGAUUAAAUGUAGUUCAGCGUCUUUUUCUUUUAUUUUUGGUACAAGAAUGUGACCAACAAUUAAUUUUCAUUGUUUCGUUUCACGUGAUCUCUUUUUCUCUCUGUAGUUACGAAAAACAAAAUGAGAGAAUAAUAUCUGUUUGUUCGCAUCGUGAGUCAAAUUAAGGAUAGUUGUAUAUUAUUGUACAUUUAUAUAAUAACUAAUAAAACGUUCGUUCAGAAUAACAACC